GCUUUAUCUUAUUUUUACUCCCCCUUUUCAUUGUUUCUUUUCGUGUAGAGCUAUAACUCAACUACAACGUCCACUUGUAAACCUUAGCCAUUUAGUUUUUCACUUUAUUAGAAUUGAAAAGUUAGAAGCAUACCAUGUCAUCUGACGAGGAGGAUACCGAUUGCCCUUUAUGUAUGGAGGAAUUGGACAUUGCCGAUCGUAACUUCAGGCCUUGCCCUUGUGGUUAUCAGAUCUGUCGUUUUUGUUGGCAUCAUAUUAAGACUAACUUGAACGGGCGAUGUCCAGCUUGCCGAAGACUUUAUAGUGAGCAAAUCGUCGAGUUCAUCCCUGUCAGCGCCGAGGAGAUUAUGCGUUUAAAGAAGGAAAAAAAGGAGAAAGACCGACAAGCACGAGAAAUGAGAGACCCUAGUAGAAGGCAGUUAUCAAAUGUCAGAGUUGUCCAGAAGAACCUUGUCUAUGUACUUGGUUUAAGCUCUAAGUAUGCAAAUGCUGAGCAUGAGUUUUUCAGAAAAUAUGGCCGCAUUGAUAAAGUUGUUAUCAGUAAGCGCGCUAUAGGAAACUCCGGUUCGACUGUGGGUAUUUACGUCACUUACGCACGAAAGGACGAUGCCAGUCGCGCAAUCGAAAAUAUCAACGGGAUUGAGGUUGAUGGCCGAACAAUUAGGGCUUCAUAUGGUACUACAAAGUACUGUACCUAUUAUUUAAGGAAUAUGCCAUGUCCAAACCCGAACUGUAUGUAUUUGCAUGAGCCAGGGGAAGACAUUGACAGUUAUAGCAAGGAUACUGUAACGAUUGGAAAACACGCGCAUACGGCAGCUUCAGCAAUGAAUAAUACAAUAGCUCAUCCUCAUAAGCGUACUGCAACUGCAUCGAAGGUAUCAACAACUUCUACCACCGCCUCUAUAAGCUCUACCUCCAACGAACAUAAGCCAUCUACCACACCUCGUGCUUGGGCGCCUAUACCAAAGGUUACACCUAUUUCACCCAUUGUUAGUGUGCCUUCUACCAGCGCUACCAAUGACAACGAAGACAAAGAAGAUGAGCCUGCAACUGUUUCAUCCGGUAUGUCCGACCCUUCUGCUUCCCCUCCUUUCAUAGAAGUAGGUGGUUCGAAGAGCACAUCUACUAAGCAUGUCAAACCUACCACAACAAUCAGUUCUUCUUCCUCUACAACAACCAUAACUGCACAUCACAAAAAGCCGUUUAAUGACAAAAGUAACAGUCUUCAACAUGCCAGUCAUAGCAACACUAGCAAUAAAAAGAUGUCAUCCAUGCCAUUACCACCAAUUGAUGAUGAUAAGCCUGCUCUUCCUGCUACAGCUUCUUGGGCUUCUUCCUCAACCCAACAUCAAUUACAGCAACAUGAAAACGUGAUUACACCAGCCAAUUUUGGCCCAUCUUUAUCGGAUGCCCUUCAUGCUCCUCAAAAACCAAAGCAUACACCUACUUUGAAGGUCAAGAAGGAAAAGAAGAUAAAGGGUAAAAUGAUCCGUCUGGAAGAGUUUGAAGAAGCUGAGCGAGAGGCUAAAAUGGCGAAGGCUCAAAACAAGCAACACCAACAACAGCAGCAGCAGCAGCAGCAGCAAUUUGCUAAGGAAUCUGCUAAAACUCAAACCAAUAUUAAUAAUGCCGAUACUGAUAAAGCCAGCCUUCGUCAAGUAAAUACGGCUCAAACGAAUAGCAGCCAAUUAAACGAAGCUGAAAAGAACAAAAAAUCGGAUACAAAGAAGGAUGCUAUCGAAGACAAUGGUUUAUCCAAUAUGGAAGAAGAUGAUAAGACAUCAGAAAAUACUACAAACACUAAAUUGCAUGAAGGAAUUCCGCAGGAUACCAAUGAAGAAAAUCCUAUCAUGAAAGAAGUCAGCAAAGGAUCAGAAUCAAUUACUGAUUCCAAACUCGAAGAGACAAAGACGGAGUCUACACUUGCUGAAACAGAGGAACUUGAGGAAAGAAAUGGAAAUGCUGAAGAUAUUGCAGAUGAGUCAAUUAAACUUGAAAUGUUGGAGGUGAAAAAUAAGGGACAAGUUAAGGAGAUGGAAGCGGCAGAUAAAGAACUUAACAAAAGUACUAAUUUGGAAAACAGCGAAGAAGGACGUGAAGCAGUGGAAGCUCAUGAACAAGAAACUGCUACCAAGAUUGAGAACAUAGAAGACCUGAAUGCUCUUAACAAUACUAUCAUAAAAGCCCUUGAUGCGACUGCUCUUGAGGAUAGCACAGAGCAAACUCAGUCUCUUGAAAACGCAAGUAAAGCAGGAGUACGAGAAGACCAUUCUGAGGCAGUUGCUGAUGAUCAGCAGCAACAGGCCAGUCUGUCUCCUUUGGUUGCAAUGGAUAAAUUAUCCGCAUUAGUUGAGCAUGAAAUUAUGAAUGAUGCAGCCAAACACCAGCCAUUAGAUCUCAUGGAUUCACCAGACGUACAACAAGAUAUCUUGCACAAUGCCCUUGAAAAUGUUUCUCAUAGGGAUGAAUUUGCAAACAGCAGCAUAUUGCCGCAACAAAAUAUGGACAACCAGCAUCUGCUGCAGCAACAACAAAUGCACCCAAUGCCUCCACCUGGACUAGUCGGUCCAUUACCGCCUCGUCCGGAAUGGUUGGGCCGUCCUAAUAAUAGUAGUUUUGAUCCAUUUAAUGGCCAAGAUCCUGCUGUUGUUGCUGCUCGUCGUCUUCAGCAUUCUCAACGUAUGUUGGAAGCUAGUGGUUUGUUUGCCGGGCCUGGUGGAGCUUUUGGACAACCACCACCUCCUCCUCCUCCUCAGUUCGGAUUUCCCAACAAUUUUAUGCAACAUCCCCACCCUCCUCCACCUCCUCAUCAUCCGGGUAUGUUCGCACCGCCUCAUCAUCCUAUGAUGCGCCCUCCUCCACCUGAAUUGAUGAACCUUCCUUCACAUUUUGGGUUACCACCACAUUUGCAGCAAAUGCACCAACCUCAUCAACUACAAGCUCAAAAGCAAUCGCCACAACUGCAGCAGCAGCAACAAUUAGAAGAUCUGAGAAAUAAUUUAGGAGCUAUAAAUCUGAACGGUGACUCUCAAGAGCAACAGCCUCAUCUUCAGUCACAAGAUGAUCUCAGAGCUCUUUUGCCAAAUGUUAAUAUCAGUUUCAAUAACAUUGAAGAGAAAAGGAGAAUUGAGCAAUUGCAACAGCAGAACAUCAUGUUUGAAAAUGAGAAAAUACCCAAUAUUAACGAUAAUAAUAGCAGUAUUCAAGCCUUUAGCCCGUUGUCUCAGCCUUUAUCUUCAAUUCACUCACCUCAUUCUACCUAUCAUGAAAAACUCUUACUGAAAUCGCCCAUACAACAACAACAACAACCGUCACCUGUUCCGCAGCAUUUCCUGAUAAACAAUGAGCAACAACGUAAUAAGGAUGUGCGUAGGGAGGCUCAGAAUUUCUUUGGAGAAUUUUUACGUAGAGCUGCCUCUACUUCUAAGGAGAACAACCAACAAGAGUUAGUGUCUUCUCCUGCAAAAGAAGAAGGCCAGACUCCAGCUACAGGCUCAGCUUUACCUUUCCAAGACCCCGCCAUCAUGUCAGUUCGCGUAGUAAAUAAUGAUAUGCCCAAUAAUAACGGCAGUCCAGAUGCCGGUCGCCCACAAGAUACACUACUUCAAAUUCUUGGCGGUCAGGCGCUGCCUCCUCCUCCUCCUAUGAUGUCGUUUGAGCAACAGCAAAGAAUGCAACAACAGAUGUCCCAUCCUUUCCCUCCUCCACAUCCAAAUCAACAGCAGAGACAAUCGGAUGCUCGCUUCAUGAUGGAACAAAAGCAAAUGCAAUUACAACAGCAGCUGCAGCAACAGGCGCAAAAUCAGCAACAGCAACAACAGUUGGGUCGGGGAGAGCAAAUGGGUAUGUUUAACAAUAAUAAUGGCAUCUUCAUGGGCCAACCUCCACCACAUCCUAUGUUUCAGCAUCAACAAGCCCAUCCACAGCAGCAGCAACAGCAGCAGCAGCUUUUUGGUCACCAGCAACAGGGUCCUCCACCUUCACAUCAAUUUAUGACAGGUCCGCACCCUCCCUCCAUGGGAAUGAUGGGAGGGCAUCUGCCCCCGCCACCACCCGGGAUGAUGGGGCCACCCAUGCAUGGACCGAUGGGUGAUAUGAGGUUUGGACCCAUGGGCGGGCCAUUCCCUUCUCAGCCACCUCCUCCACCUGGUAUGUUUGCAAGUAUGAACCAACAACCCCAGGAACGACGUCAAUAAUGUAAUAUUUUUUUACUCUGUGAGAGAAGCUUCGCUUAAUUAGAGUCGCUCUAUAUACUUUGUUUGCUUUUGUAUUCCUCUGGAACGAUACUUAUAUAAUAUUCUCGUAACAAAAAUAUGAACACAAUCUUUACUUUUAUUCUUGCCAUUUUUGUAUUCAUAAUAAAACAACAACUAUUAAACCCAUA